CGGCGGGACCAGCCGGCGUGGAGCGGCAGGCUGCGGAUCACGGCCAAGGGCAAGAUCGCCUUCAUUAAGCUGGAGGACAAGACCUCGGGAGAGCUUUUUGCCCAGGCGCCGGUGGAGCAGUUCCCUGGCAUCGCUGUGGAGAGCGUGACGGACUCCAGCAGAUAUUUCGUCAUCCGGAUCGAAGACGGGAACGGCCGCCGAGCUUUCAUCGGAGUCGGCUUUGUCGACCGAGGAGAUGCUUUUGACUUCAACGUGGCUCUCCAAGACCAUUUUAAGUGGGUGAGGCAGCAGAGCGAGCUGGCCAGACAGGCCGAGAACCCCGAUCAGGGACCCAAACUGGAUCUGGGCUUCAAGGAGGGGCAAACCAUCAAACUCAACAUUGCGAACAUGAAGAAAAAAGAAGGAGCAACGGGGAACACCAGACCGCGUCCCGUGGGUCCUGGGGGCCUGAGCUUGCUCCCACCACCUCCCGGAGGAAAAUCUUCCGCUCCGGUUUGUCAUUCCGGAGAGCGGCCAUCUUCUCUCUCCGCGCCCGCCCAGCUCCCGGGCACCCCCAUCACAGACUCCCUCUUGUCCUGGCCGCAGCCCGCUGCUGCUCCCUCU